AUGGACUGCACAGAUUCUCCUUCACCAACCUCGGCUGGGAUUCCCGCCGAAGGGCCCGCAGCAUCAGCAGCAUCAGCAACAGCAGUACCAGCAGCACCAGCAGCAUCAGGUGCAGCAGCACCAGCCGGAGCGGAAUCAGCAAGAGCAGCAACAACAGAAGGGGCAGCAACAUCAGCAGCAGCGGCAACAGCAUCAGCAACAGCAGCGGGAGAAGGAUCCGCAUUGGAGGGUGAGAAUUUGAUAGUGUUGGGUAUAGAGAGCAGUGCGAAUAAAGUUGGUGUUGGUGUUGUUAAUGGCUUGGGCACAGUCUUAUCGAACCCUCGGGAGACCUUCAUUACUCCUCCAGGUACGGGUUUUCUUCCACGGGAGACAGCAGCACACCAUCAAGCGAAGAUAACGCAUUUAAUUCGAAAAGCACUGAAGGACGCCAACGUAACCCCUCGUACGAUAAGCUGCAUAGCAUACACCGCAGGACCGGGUAUGGGGGCCCCUUUAGCUGUGGGUGCCCUUGCAGCUCGUACUUUAUCUUUGCUAUGGGGGAAGCCAUUGGUGGCUGUUAAUCAUUGCAUUGCGCACAUAGAAAUGGGGAGGCUGGUGACGGGGUGUAUAGACCCUACUGUGCUGUAUGUGUCUGGAGGUAAUACUCAAGUUAUAGGCUUCAGUGGAGGCCGCUAUAGAAUAUUAGGAGAGACUUUAGAUAUGGCAAUCGGCAACUGUAUAGAUCGUGUUGCACGUCUUCUUCGACUGCCUAAUGCCCCUGCACCGGGCUUUCAAGUAGAGCAGAUGGCUGCGAAGUUUGAGCAGCAGUAUAAACAUAAACAAAAACAGCUGCAUACAAACAAUUGUAUUCCUCUUCUUCCUCUUAGCUACAACGUAAAGGGUAUGGAUGUCGCUUUCAGUGGAGUACUGACGAAGACAGAAGAGGCUGUACACCUCAUGUAUUCUCAGCAACAAAACAGAAAAAAAAACAAACAUAAACAAAACAUAGAUGAGGAGAUGCAUUUAGAUACAAACGAAGAGAAAGAAGAAUUAAUAAAUGGAGAAAUCGCUAAGAGACUCCGCACCAAAAGAAGCGGCGGAAGCAGCAGGAAUAUACUCAACCAAUUCAAACAAACACCAACUGCUGCUGCUGCUGCUGCUGCUCCGGCUGCUGCUGCUGCUGCUGCUACUUUAGAGACAGAGGGAGAGAGAGAAAGUGAUGCUCUUAUUGCCUCUUCUUCUGCGGAUAUAAUGCUGGCUUUAACACCAGAGUUUAUUUGCUACUCCCUCCAGGAAUAUCUCUUUGGAAUGCUCGUAGAAAUAACUGAAAGAGCGAUGGCCCUGUGCAACAGCACAGAUGUUCUGGUUGUAGGGGGAGUUGGGUGCAAUCUGCGGCUUCAGUGGAUGCUGCAGCAAAUGGCUGAGCGUCGAGGGUGUGGUAUGGGGGGUAUGGAUGAGAGAUAUUGUAUAGACAACGGGGCAAUGAUUGCUUAUGUCGGGUCGCUGAUGUUUAAAUCCAAUUCUUUUAUUUCUCCUAUCAACAGCUUCUAUAGACAAAGAUAUCGAACCGAUGAAGUCGAAGUCACGUGGAGAUAA